UGGAGGAGCUGGAGCGCUGGGUGUACGGGCCGGGCGGGACCCGAGGCUCCAGGAAGGUGGCUGAUGGUCUGGUCAAGGUGCAGGUGGCUUUAGGGAACAUUGCCAGUAAGAGGGAGAGGGUGAAGAUUCUCUACAAAAAGAUUGAAGACCUGAUCAAAUACCUGGAUCCUGAAUAUAUCGAUCGCAUUGCCAUACCUGAUGCCUCAAAGUUGCAGUUCAUCUUAGCAGAGGAACAGUUCAUCCUUUCCCAGGCAGCACUCUUGCAACAAGUGGAUGCCUUGGUGCCCAUGCUGGACAGUGCUUCUAUAAAAGCUGUUCCUGAGCAUGCUGCCCGCCUGCAGCGCUUGGCCCAGAUCCACAUCCAGCAGCAGGACCAGUGUAUGGAGAUCAGUGAGGAGUCCAAGGCUCUCCUGGAGGAAUAUAACAAGACUACAAUGCUUCUCUCCAAGCAAUUCGUGCAGUGGGAUGAACUACUCUGCCAGCUAGAGGCUGCCAAGCAAGUGAAGCCAGCAGAAGAAUGACAGUUGCUUACUGUGCCAGGCCAGGGAAAGGGGGGCCAGCUCCAGGGCCCUGUGCCACCCUGUCUUUGUGAGGCAGAGACAGCUUUGUAUUUAUUCAAUUCAAAGACUACCUGUCUGCUCAGUUGGGGCUCUGAGGUCAGAGAUCAGGUUACCUUAGAGUCAUGAUUUGCACUCCCCAUCAGUGUAUUUAUUCCAAUGACAAUAAACUGUAGCUACCGCUGAA